AUGGGGCUUCGAGGGACCUGUCAGGACAAGUCCGGCUCCGCCCCCCCCCCGCCCGUGCCUCAGCAAGACUUUAAGAGACAGCGGAUUACGCCAGAGGGCGCUCCAGGCUUCACCAAAAGGAGUACUCUGGCCCCACAGAGAAGGGCAAGUGCUUAUCUUUAUCUUGUUUUCUCCCCAGUGACCCAAAAUGUGUCUUGUUAUAAAGGCAUAUACAUGGGUAUAGAAGCAGAUCCACUCCGUGCAUUUAACUGGACCGCAGGGAAAGUUGAGACUUGUGACAAUGGGAGAUUUUGCCAGGAAACCAUUCUUAUGAUUGCAGCAGGUGAAGUGAGAAUGGAGUGGUUGAGUUGGGUGGGAGGAAGGGUGAUUAUGUCCAUGUCAAAGGUUUUUCCUCUUUCACCAGCCCAAACGUUAAACCCACCAUCCACUUUCCCUCCCUCCUGUCUCCUAGCAGGGGCUGAGUAUGCCAUUCUGGCUACUAAGGGCUGCAUCCCGGCAGAGGUACCAGAGACGACUCUUAUCCAACACGCUCCAGCCCCUGGCUUGGUGGCAUUCUCCUUUAGUAACUACUGUGAUGAGCCCCUUUGCAACAACAAAGACAGCAUGUCUUCAAUUUGGACGCCAGAAGACAGCCCAGCUUCCGGUGUGUCAACAAGCCUUUACUGCCCAACCUGUGUGGCUUUGGGAACCUGUUUCAGUGCCCCUUCUCUUCCGUGUCCCAACAGUACAACUCAAUGCUAUCAAGGGAAACUUCAGCUCACUGGAGGAGGCAUCAACACAGUUGUGGAGGUCAAAGGCUGUACAGCCAUAACUGGUUGCAGGCUGAUGUCUGGGUUCUUUACUGUUGGAGUCAUGGAGGUGAAAGAAGUGUGUCCACACCAGUCUCUCGCUCAACCCCGAAAGGUUGAAAAUGGGGCCACCAGGCUUCCUUUUCCAGUUUGGGGGUUAGAGCUACUGCUGCUCUUUCUGCUGCAACCACUUGCCCACUGUUCCUGAGAGGAUGCUCUGGUCCUGCAUCUCAGGGCACCCCUUUUGACUGGAAGUCUUCUGAGUUGAAAAGCGGGCAGAGAUUUGAAGGCAAACAGAGAGAGAUCCCGUGAAUGUAUUUGACAUUUCUAAUAAAAUUUCUGCUGUGAUUUGUGUACGCAGUAUCAGUGGGAUCCCCAAGACUAGAAGGAGAAGUUUAGUGCUGAGAGGGUAUUUAAAAUUCGUUUUCUCCAGUCCACACGUUUUUCAGAAAGAGAAACUGAGCUUUGGAACUUUGGUGAGUUUCUCACAUUUCCAUGGCCCUGGGCAGAGCCAAGACCAGAACUUAAAUAUUUUGGCCUAAAGUCUGGUUUUCCUUUCACUUUAAUAUGCUUACUUCUCUUGCUGGCUGGGCAAAGACUAGUGUUAGCCUCCUCCAGAACACUCCUGGCCCAAUCUUAAGGCUGAAGUCAGUUCUUUGGGGCCUCUAAUAUUUCCCUAGAAGGAUGGCAGAGUGAGAAAAGUCAGACUCCAAGUUCUCUGAUUAUAAUGGGCCCCAUCUCCUGUGCCCACUAUACAUCAUUUCCUUCCUUU